GGCUGCCUUAACUCGUUGCCGUUUGUGUCUUGUUGUUUUAGCUCUUUUACCGGCCAGAAACUGUAAUCAAAAUGCCGACGGCGAAUCAAAAUUUGCGAACCCGGAAGCUACAACAGCAAGACUCAUCGGAACGCACACAACCUCCUGCCGGAUCGCGCCGAAAGGGCCCCAGUGGGUCGAAGGGAUCGCCGACUGGAAGUAAUCUACGAUUUUCGUUCAUCUGCCUCGUUAUAUGUGCCUCGAUGCUUAUAUUCCUGCUCGGUGCGUACACCGAUUCGUUUCAUCCGAUCAUCGACGGUAUCGCCGGGAAGCUUGGUUACCAUGAAAAAAUCUAUGCCGUCGUGAUCGAUGCCGGUUCAACCGGCAGCCGGGUGUUGGCGUUCGAGUUUCACCAUGGCUACCUUGAUGGUCGGCUCGUGUUAGACUAUGAGUUGUUUCAACAGUCGAAACCGGGACUGUCAGCGUUCGCCGAAAGACCCGCGGAUGGAGCAGCUAGCAUUGACAAGCUGUUGGAUCAGGCUAGGAACGUCGUGCCAAAAGAGAAGCGAUCCCAAACCCCACUGGUGUUAAAGGCAACUGCCGGCUUGCGGCUACUGAAGCCGGAUCAGGCAGAAGCACUGUUGGUCGCGUGUCGCGAGCUGUUCAAAUCGUCCGGUUUCCUGGUGAACGAGAAAGCUGUGGAGAUAAUGGACGGCACGGAUGAGGGUAUCUUUUCCUGGUUUACGGUGAACUUCUUGCUGGGUAAGCUGAACGGCCGGAACACGGUGGCUGCGCUUGAUUUGGGUGGCGGCAGCACGCAGGUGACAUUCGCACCGAGGGAUGUAUCGCAAACCCCGCUUUACAAGGGGUUCAUGCAUCGCGUCCCAACGUUCAACUCGUACGUCGAGGUGUUCACCAAUAGCUAUCUCGGUGCUGGACUGCACGCGGUACGGCAUGCCGUAUUCACGCACAAGGCUGCCGAGAACGAAACGAAGCUGGUGAGCGAGUGUGUCAAUCCGAUCAUACACGACAAGCUGUUCCGGUACGGUACGGGCCAGUACUACAUCACCGGCAAGGACAAUCCGAAGGCCACGGCUGAAAACCCCGUCGUAGAUUACGAGCUGUGCGCGUCGGUUGUUAAGCAAAAGCUUAUGCCGACACUUAAACCGAAGCCGGUUACUCUGAAGCAGCACGAAAUUUCCGCCUUUAGCUACUUCUUUGAUCGUGCCAUCGAAACGGGGCUUGUUGAUCCGAUGCAGGGUGGGGAAACGACAGUCGGCGAUUUUGUCAGCAAAUCCCGCGAGGUGUGUGCCGAAGCAAACGCAGAUCAACCGUUUAUGUGCGUUGAUCUAGUGUUUAUUUCGACUCUGCUCGAAGAAGGCUACGGGUUAAAGGCCAAGACACCGCUGAAGUUGUACAAAAAAAUCGACGGGCAUGAAAUAUCAUGGGCGUUAGGCUGCGCUUACAACAUCUUGACGAGUCGCGAAAACGCGAAGAGCCAACACCAGUAAACCCAGAGGAGAGCAGCCGCGCAACAAUCAAUCGAAGAGAAGAGCAGAAAGUAAUUUUCUGUGCUGAAAUAGUUCCACCAAAUUGGAAUCUUAUGACGAACAUCGAGGAUGUAAUCAGGAAAACUUUUACAAACCGGACCAGCUGAGAUGCAGUUGAAAAGAGAUCACCUAAGAUGUGCUGCCAACGAAGCAAGCGAAUCAAUUUCAAAUUCCUCAAACAGAAGGAAUGAUAACGUAGAAGGAAGGUUGGAUGAUUUUAAGCAAGUUAGUUUGAAGCCGCAGCAGAAACAUGUAGUAAAGAAAGCAUAAAAUACUUGUCUCAAUAAUUCAACAACGAUAGCACACGUCCCCCAAUUCUUGUUAAUGCUAGACAAAUCCAACCGUAUCAGGGAAACGAUAGCGCACAUCAGGAAUCGGUGAAACUGAAUACUGCGUUCAUGUUUAUGAGCGAGAUUCGAAAACCGCACAUAUACGACGGCCCGCCGGAAUAGCAAGCAUUCGAAAGACAGAACUAUUUUUUUAAAUAUGCAAACAAAGGAAAUCCCCCUGCCAAUCUAGGGUCACUUAUAAAGGGGUACAUUUUUGGUAUGUUUACAAAAAAAAAGAAAAUGUAGUCUUAACUGUAAGCGAAGAGAGCCGAAACGGAUAGAGGAAGGUAACAAGGAAGCGAUUUUGUUUCUACCGUUGCCUGAAAGGAAGAUUUUAAAGGAAUCGCCCCAACGCUUUUCCAAAACCGUAACUAUAUCCAACAUGUGCCUUUUUUCUAUAGAAACGACGGUAUCAGCGUAUAAGAUCGAUAGGGAAAACAGAUCCAGCAGGAAGAGAUCACACAUCGGUAACACCAUCUAAAGGCUAGCAGCAAUUAUCGUACACAUUACUAACACUUAACAAUGCACCGACCACCGCAAUUCCGUAGCUGUCGAUAGUUACUAAACGAACGUAGUGAAAGCAGUAGGUUAUAGUCGCAACAAGCCCCAAAGGGGCGGAUACCAUUAAAGACUAGCAAAAAGCAAUUGACAUGUGAGCGUUAGAAUCAUUAAUUGCACCAAGCUGAUGUCCUGCAUCCCCAUCAAACUGCACAACGAUCAUUCGCGUGUAUCAAGUCGCACGUGUGUGUGGAUCCGUGUAGUAUCAGCCGUGAUAUUUUAGUCUUGAUUUGUUGUUGAUGUUGUUGCUGUUGUUGUUUAGAUCUAGGACGAAAAGGCACGCGAUCGGGUGACCGAGAGAUCGAGUGUUUGUGAGAAUAGAGUAGCAAAAGAGGGUAGUUUACGUAGCAUAGCUAAUUGUGUGAGUCAGUGUGAGUUUUUGUGUGUUUGUGCCAUGAGCACAUACUGUCCGUGCACCUCUUCACAUUCCCUCCCCAUUCCCAUCCCGAGGCUGGUAGAGAGUGGACACGUUCCACAGGAUGUGUGACACUCGGAAGAAAAAGAAUGAACGAACUUUCAUACACCCUUCGGCACUGCACCUAAUUGUUCACCGUGUAUUCCAAUCCGCCUAGCACACACUUACUGCACGAAAAUGCCACCCCAGCACGCAAUCUCCAUUGACACCAAAUAAUCUGUAGAUGUGGAUCGCGGGUAGCUUUGACGUUAGAAACGUGGUACCGCUUGAUGUAGUAGUUCAGAAACACAGCAUAGAAGGAAUUAUUUUAACUUAAAACGAAACAAUGCAGCUGGUAUUUGGAAAGCGCUUCAAACAAUACAAAACGCGUUCAGAAAGUGCGUGAAGAGAACAUCGAUACAAAGGAAGUGAACGUCGACUGCGAAGCACUUUACACGAAAUUCAACUAUCCUUUUUUUGUGAGAGCAAUCAGUCUAGGACUAUAGUUUUGUAUUCGUAAUGCAGAUGCAAAUUGUUGCAUAUACUGAUACCACUAAUAAAGAGACCUCAGGAUAGUUGG